CCAAGAGGUCGUCCGUAAAUUAAUGUAAAAGAAAUCUGUAACUGAAUACCCAUCCAGGCCGAGUGAAACACGAUCCGUGUCCAACCAUCCACUAAAAUGAAGCGAGUGGCGAACUGUCUUGUCGGUUUUUGCAGGCGAUCAAGGUUUCAUCUGCAUGGGAAACAUUUAAAACCGUCAGCUGUGCUGAUGUCGGUUGUGAGACAUUCCAGUGGUGGGACACGGCGGGUGGAUGUCAGCGGUAUCUACCCACCCAUUGCCACGCCCUUUAACAAGGACGAGAGUGUAGCCUACGACAAACUGACUGAAAACAUGCAGAAGUGGAAUAAGAUACCGUUUGGGGGUUAUGUUGUACAGGGGUCCAAUGGAGAAUAUGUAUAUCAGACACCAGAGGAAAGGAUCAAGGUCGUGGAAUACGUCGCUAAGACAGCCACCUCAGACAAGGUCAUCAUGGCAGGCUCUGGAUGUGAAUCCACCAGAGAUACAAUAGAGAUGACCAAUCAGAUGGCGGAUGUAGGAGCACACGCUGCUCUAGUGGUCACUCCUAGUUACUACAAGAAUGGCAUGCACAACAGGGCUCUGAUCAUCCAUUUUACAAAGGUUGCUGAUGCCAGUAAGAUACCCAUACUUUUAUACAGUGUUCCAGGCAACACAGGCAUUGACCUUGACCCAGAAGUCAUCAUAACCUUGUCCUCUCACCCAAAUAUAAUUGGACUAAAGGACAGUGGGGGAGAUAUAGCAAAGCUUGCUAAUUUGGUGUACAAGACCCAGGGUAAAGAUUUCCAGAUAAUGGCAGGGUCUGCUGGAUUCUUGCUGCCAGCUUAUCUUGUGGGUUGUGUGGGUGGGGUGUGUGGGGCAGCUAACAUGCUGGGACAGGAACUUUGUGAUUUAGAGCAGCUGUAUAAAGAAGGAAAGAUGAAGGAAGCCACAAUAUUACAGCAGAGAAUUGUCGCUCCCAAUGCAUGCGUAACCAAGAGGUUUUUUUCACCUGAAGGUUGCCAUGGAGUGGUUUGGUUACUAAUGGAGGCCCAGUAA